GCCCCCACGGAUGGUGACUCCCCCGCCCCCUGGGCAGCCUGUGCCGAUGCAUCACCACUCUUUCAGGGAAGCAAUUCCAACGCGAUGCACUAAUUUCAGUACUGAAAACAUCCCAUUUCUCCUCCACUUCUGUUUCCCGUAACAAGUCACCCAUCCGCCGCCACCCAUCGUUCAUGCGCUCAGAUGCACGCAGACAGAAGCAGCGGAGCAGUCCGACCGCCAGAUGUCACAGUUGCUUCGCAGAGAUGCCGGAUCCUGCCUCGUCCUGCGCCCAGCCUGCGGGUAAACGCACGUACUCCGUCACUCGCAUAUAUCUUUGUUUUAUCUGUUUGUUCGGUUGGUUUUGUCUUGUUCUUAUACAAAGCAAACCUGUUCACUGCGUGCUGGGAAGUACCAGGCAGUGAAAAUGGCUCACUGACAAACCAUCAGCGCAGGGCGUGUAUCCUUUUACCCCCACCCACGUAGUCCAGCAUAUAGGGAAUGCUGUGGAGCCUUGGGAGGUUUCCAGCCAGGUUUGGCCGUACCUACAACCCCUCGGCGCUGCCCAGAACCACCGCUCGGAUGCAGCAUCCCCACAGCCUGCAGCUCCCCUCCGCAGCACACUCAGAGGACACAUUGCUCUGCUCCUCGUGCUUCUUAAUCAUCCGUCUAUUUACUUCUUGUCUUGGUGGUCUCUGGUUUCUUUUUUGGUUCUAAAUGGUCUAUUGAUAAUUUCCUCCUGCUCCAGUAAGCUACCUGCUCACCCUGGAAGGGGUCCCAAGUGCUAUCAUCAGCUAGCUCUGGGUUACAGUGGGAAAGACGAGUCUUGGGGCAGCCACUAUGAACCUGAUGAGUUUUGCCUUUUGCCACACUCCUUUAUAAACUGCAAAGUGAUAUCACCCCCUAAGUCAUGGCCAGUGCAAGCAAUUGCUGCUGAUGCUCUGAACUAAAGCACUUUCCCUGGUGCCUGCCUCUUGACAGGACAAGGGAAGAUGGUUUCAAACUACAAGAGGUGAGACUGAGAUUGGAUAUAAGAAAAAGUUCUUCACCAUAAGAGCAGUGAGGCACUGGUACAGGCUACCCAGAGAGGUGGUGGAUGCCAUGGAGACAUCCAAGGUCAGGUUGGAUAGGGCUCUGAGCUCCUGAUGGAGCUGCAGGUGUCCCCGUGCACUGCAGGGGGGUUUGACCAGAUGGCCUUUGAGAGUCCCUUCCAACUCAAACCAUUCUAUGCUUCUCUUGAAGGCUGAAGCCACUCAGAGUACCUCACUCAGCUCUCUGCCCAGGUCCCUGGGCGCUGUGAACGCCUCGGCUGUGCCAUGCAGGAAUGGAUGAGAGAACAGACAAAGAUAGGCUCACGCUCAGCAUUGCUCAUCCUCCAAUGGCCGCACCACUGUGGGGAACCGGCCACAUCCCUGGGGAAGGAGCUGUGUCCCAGCUGAGCCCCAGCCCUUCGCCCUCUCUCGCUGUAGGGAGCAUGGGAACUGGCUGGGAGCCCCAGGUUCCCACCGGCGGGAGGGCUGGAGGCAGCAGCAUCACUUGGGGAGGCCCCAGCACAGGUUUGGAGGAGCCAGGGAAGACUACGCGACCUUCCCUGUGCUCUGUGAGUGGAGGAAGGCAGGAUUUGUGCACAGUUCUUGUAGACGGUAUCUUGGUUUUUGUGGCUGGAGGAGGAGAUACAUCUUCCCCCCUCUAAUCUGGAAACAUGUCUUGGAGCAGCCAUCGUGGCUGUUCCUCCCGAGGUUUGGAGGCUGGAGCUUCGGGAACCCCAGGCUGCUGCAGGAUUCUUUGCAGUGGAUUUGUUGGCCAUAGGGAAUUGGGAAAGGUGCAGGUCUUCUUUUGCUAGGACCACAAGAUGCCCAGAUCCAGUUGUGCAUGGCCAUGGCCCCAGAAGAUGCUCAUCUACAGCUCCCACAUGAGGCUGCUGGUCCCAGCAAAAAGCUCAAAUCAGGCUUCUGCAAACUGCAAACCUUUUUGAGUUAGGUAGGAUGAAGAAGCCAGAUUCCACCAAGGAAGGGGUACAGAAGUGAGAGCUGUUGGGCAGUCACCCUUUAAGCACUGUGAGCCCAGCAUAUGCGUUCACGGUUUCAGCAGGGAGAUGCAGCCUGCCAGAACUGACCAACAGUGACCAGAGCAUUUGUUGGAGCCUUCCAGGCCCAGCAGUGCCUUUGGGGCAUGACUGAUGCCCACCAGAGGAAAACCUCCUUCUCUCUAAGUGCUCACCCUACUGCUAGGAUGAGACAGCUCAUUUCCCAAUUCAGGACGGUGACGCCCCAUCUCCCAUGUGAUCCUUGUUCCCCCCAGUCUUUCCAUAUAAUACUGACUCACUCCAUAUGGUGCUGACUCAUUUCUCCCAGCAACGUGUCAUCGCACCAAGCCUCUGCACCUUCAGCAAGACCCAAGGGAGUCUGACAGCAGGGUCGCUCCCGGGCUCCACAUACCAACUUUGUCUACUCACAACAGGAAUCUACAGCAUCUGUUGACCCAAAUUACCUUAUGAAGCCCAUUUUUUGAGUUCUGGCUGCCUGGUGCUGACAGCUUUGGUGUCUUCCUGUGGGUGUCCCAGCAGCUGCCUCCAGUAUCCUCAGUGGGAGUAACAGGGCACCGGAACAUGGGGAGCCUACGGACAGGACUGGGACACAUCUCGUUUUUCAGAGUGCGUGACAACGCCUAUUGUGAAGACUCCCUGUUCUCAAAGGUGCACAGGAUCAUGUCAGAGCAAUGGUCCAUAUACUCCAAACCAGUCCCAGCAGACAGCCGGGAGCUGUGGGCCCUAUUUCUGCAGUGCUCCUGCAUCACUGUGCUGCUCGGAGGCCUCUUCUACAACUGGCUCCUUGCAUCCCUGGAGUACCCCUGGCACGUCUCCGUCGCGAUGGCCGUCACCUUCAGCCUGCUCCUCCUCCUCGCCCUGUUCUUGGUGCACCCUGUGCGCUGUGCCUUCAGUAUCGCCAUGCCAACGCUGGGCACCAAGCAGGGCCGGAAGCUCCUCUUGUCGACCUGCAUCAUGAUAGUGGUGGUUAACAUCACCCCCAACAUCAUCAGCAACAUCAAGACCUUACUGAAGGUCAUCCUGUGCAUCUCCAAGAAUUCCUCUGAGAGCCUUUUGAACUCCACGGAUCUGCUGGGGAACACUUUCUGGAAGCUGGAGCAUGAAUUACAGAAUUACCUUAUUUGGAAGCCCAUGGAUGGACACAUUCAGUUCUCACUGGUGAAGAACAGCUCCUUGAUUAACCAGGUGCACCUCGCUGGUGAGAAAGCCAGGAAGGAUUUUUUGGCUGUCGAGGUGCUGGUCAAAGAUUGCGUGCGAGCAGGCAACAAACUGGUCGCUGCCUUCUCCGUGCUCUACCUCUGCUUUGAGUCCAUUUGGUACUUGAAGAAUUACCUCACCAACCUCUGCUUCGACAACGUUUACAUCACCAAGAAGCUGCGGCGUUUGGCUGAGGACAAAGGAGCCUCCCACUUGUUGGUGGGCUCAGCCCCACGCCUCAUCCGCCCCACGGGCCUCCGGCUGUCCCGCGAGGAGCUGAUGCUGUGCCUGGCGCAGGCGCUGCGCCUCUCGGUGGCCCUGCUGCUGGUGCUGGUGAUGGUGGCCUUGGAGCACCUCGUCUUUGGCGUAGCGGAUGUGGCGGUGAGGAGGAUGGCUCAGCUCUCCACAGUGCCCGUCACGCUCAGCAUCAAAUACCAGGCUGGAAUAGACUUCUUGAAAAUCCCAUUUCCCGUGAGGGACAUUAAUAGGAGCUACCACCGCGCCCUGACCUUCAGCUCUGCCAGCUGCAGCAUCAGCCCCCCGGUACCUCCCAACCCCUCCGUGCUGCUGGUUGUGGGGCUGCUCUUCUGCAUUAUCUAUGCCACCAUGUUUCUGGAAACCUACGCACGCCGCCUGUGCAGGAAAAUUGCUGCUUCCUUCUUUGAGAGCCGGGAGGACGAGAGGGCACAUUACCUCUACGGCAAGCUGUCCCGGCAGCACAGGGAAACACAAUGCAGCUGAGAAAUGAAGGGAAUUUUUGGACGUGCAGGGAAUGACAAAGACCUUGUGGCAAUAACUGGGUGUGCAAAGGGAUCACAGAAUUCACUCUCCAGAGUCAGAGAAGUGGUUGGAGUCCGGGAGCAGUAUUUGCCAAAUAAAGAAAAAGGCCAAAGAUGACAUUUUGCAUUAAUCUGAGGAAAACAUGAGCUACGUUCACUUUCUUCUCUUAAUUCAAUCUAGAACUUAUCCAGGAAUGUUGGAAAAAGGAACCCAAAAUAGCUCCUGUGACUGUAAGGGUGUCAGCAGCAUUACGCAAGGCUAAGUGUGCAUGGGAGAUGGGUGGAGGAAGUGCUCCUUCACCUCCCCCGCCACUGCUGGAGGAAGUGCACCCUUCAUCGAUUCAAGUAAUCGUUAAGGUUGGAAAGAAAAGACUUACGAGAUCAUCUCAUCCAACCACUUCCUUUCCCCCUGAAGUGAUCCCUACAGUCAGCAAGCAAAAUCAAUUAUAGAAUCACGGAAUCAUUAAGGCUGGAAAGACCACAAAGAGCAUCCAGUCCAACCAUCAGCCCAUGCCUGUGACUGCUGCACACCACGUCACUCAGUGCCACAUCUACACCUACACUUUUCUUGAAAAUCUCCAGGAGUAUUAAUUAAUUUAAUACUAUUUAGUUGUUAUUUACAGUAUGUAUUAUUUAUGAUAUGAAGUGUUGUUUAACCUGCUGAAAUAAAUUCAAGACCAUAUAGCCAUGAGAAGCACCUCCUGGGCAUGGGAGGGAGUAGGGAUCAGUGCGUGAGGACUUGCUGAAACCUCUUCACCAGGGCUCUCCAGAAUAACAGAUAGAGCAGCUGGAGGACUACAGAAGAGGAGGAGGGCAGCCAAGAUAAGGUCAGCUCAGGCCAAUAUCCAGGAGGAUAUAGAAGUGGUGGAGUGAAACCUGACAUUGGAGCCAGCGCUCUGCAGGGAGCAGAACGGGGCAGGACGUGGAAGGCCGGGCGUUGCUAAAGCAAUAGCUACUUUUAUGUGCUGGGUUGCUUCAAACUCAGAAAUGGUGAUAUUGUAAGUAAUAUGCAAAAAUCCAUCACUGAAGCGUAUCUUUUGAAAGAGGCAGAUCAGAACCUGGAUAAGGACGAGAGCCAGGAGGAGAGGGAGCUAAACCAGUGCCAGCUUCAAAACAAAGCAACUUCACAGCUUCAUUUCUUCAAAGCACGCCUAUUAUUUCCCUCUCUUCUCCCAUUAGAGUCUUCAUUAAGAUAAUUAUUUGGCAUAAUGCACCUCAAAGAGAUUAAAUUACAGAAGUGAAGUGGCAGCUGCAGAUGCACAAAGUUCUAUCAGCUUCUGAGAAGCUUGAAACAAAGUAGAUCUGGAUUAUUUUUUGAGCAUCUAUCUAACAAAACCCCAGUACAUUUAUCUCCCCAGGUUUCUUAAUUCCCUGCAGUUAGGGUGAUUAAUACUAGCACCUUCCUCCCUCUGCAGCAGCUAGGCUGCUUUGCCAUAGAAUUAUAGAGUUGUUGAGGUUGGAAGGACCUCUAAGGUCACCAAGUCCAACCUUAACCCAUCCCACCAUGCCCACUGACCACGUUCUUCAGUGCCACAUCCUCACAACUCUUGAACACCUCCAGGGAUGGUGACCCCACCACCUCCCUGGGCAGCUGUGCCAUGUCAUGUAAAUGCUCUGUGAUCUUCUGUUUGGGGAAAGCAAAAAGAUUCCCAUUUGCCAAUUGAGUAGCCAGAAUUACCUGGAGCCAGGGGUUAAGGAGCUGUGAGGAGAGCAGGGAAACCCUUCAGUCACAAACCAUCCCAGAAGCACAGUGCUUUCCAGUGAACACAUCUAAAACAGCUUUCCUUGGAAGGACUUGUCUGUUUGGCAAGAGAUGUGUAGCAAUCUUUUAAUGCCCUUUAAGAAACUGCUAAAAUGUUGGCUGGUAGCAUUUUGGGAAUCCAGUGUUCAGGGCCUGUCCCACUCAUCAUCCCCUGGAGCCACGAGGAGCUCUGCCGGGGCAUGCAGAAGGUGAUACAGGGAGAUAUGGGGGAUGGGGAGAGGAGGCUGGAAUAGUCAGGGCAGUGUUGGGUCAUCAACGUGGCUUUGCUCAGAGAUGGGUCCCCCAGGCUCAGAGGAUUGGAGCAGAGAAGACCACAGAUCUGGACUAAGAGGACUGAGUCCCACCCCAGGUUCCCACUGCAUCCUUCACACUGGCAGUGCCCCACUCCCAGGGCAUUUGAGCAGCGUGGGAGGAGACCCUGAAACAUCCAUUUUCAACCUGAAAAUUCUUCCUCUUUGCUAGAACAAGCUAACCUCAGUUCAGAGUGGUUCUCUCUUUUCCAUUUUCCUUCAGCUCCUCCUAAAUUUUAACUACUGAUUUUGGAAAGUUUGUACCUUUAAACACCAAAGUUCAGUAUCAAAGAAGCCUUGAUUAGGGUAAUUGCAAUCAGCUUGAAAGGAUAAUGAUCAGUGUCAGGUACUGCCAUUCUGCCUAUGCCUCCAGCACCACAGCUGUCAUAAACCUGUGCCUGAAGCAGUGUGCUGCCACUGCCAUUUUGCAGGUGGGUCUUCGGGGAUUAAAAAGAGAUUUGUAUGAAUUUUUUGCACACAUUACACCAAUUUCCGUGGUUUCAGUGAUGAAAGCAAGGGAAGAGUUUGGGCUUUGGAGAAACAUUGGAGAGUAGGUGAUCAGUGAGUCCUGUCAUGGCAGUGCUGGGGCUGGUUCAUUAGGGAGGAAACAAUAAAUGUGACAUGUUACACCAUGAGAGCCAUGAAUUGUCAUCACAUUGGUGUCAGAAGGGUUUUUAUUGAAUGUAGGAAGGAAAGUCAUUAUGAUACCUGUUAUCUAUCACUGACUGCUGCAGGUGGAGGGGAGCCUUAACUACCUUGAGGAAGGGUCAGGCAUUUUCAACUCCCCCAUCACUCGUUAAUGCCAACACCAGCCCAUAUACUUGCUGAUGCCACAGUAGGACAUGUUCACCUGUUUCCUCCCUUGCAAUUGGAGAGGCUUGGAAUUUCUUUCUAACCUAAAUAAAGGCCCAUGGAUUGCUCUUUACCAGCUCAGUUGCACCAGGGGGUUGGGAGGUCCUCGGGCAUGGGAUAGGCUGUGCCCUGAAGCCCCUGGUUACCCUUGGGUUUUGUGGUGAAUUUUUGUGGAUUUUUCAUCCCGUACAGGUGGAAGUAUAAGCAAAAUACAUGCUAUGUUCCUGCUUAUUGCUGGCUGCCCAGGGGGAUGAAUGGCCCUCAUACACUGAGGAGCAAAUGUAAACUGUUCAGCCGAGGAAGUGCACUGGGAAAGAUUUCACUCAGAGCCACAGACCUACAUCCAGCAGAGCAGAGAAGCUCUGUUUUUAUUGCUGUUAUCCCAUCUACAGCAUUUGCGCAGUAAAUGAAAUGAAGAAGUAAUGGUUAUAUAACCCCAAGAUUUAGAAAAGGGAAUAUGAAUAAACAUAAAGGCAAAUGAAAGCUAUUCCACUGCACGGCGUAUGGCUUGCUGUGCCACACCGAGCCCAAGUAGCAGGGGCAGAACUGUCCCCAGUGUCAUGACAGCUGCUCAAAGCAUGGCGUGAGCACUCCAAGCCAUACAGGUAGGUAGGAUUCCUCCUCCUCUCCUUCUCUCCCUGCACUGUCCUGGGAAAGCCUGGACCCAGGGACCAGCCCGGUGUUCUGGCUCUGCUCCCUCUCCUACUCUGCGCACAGCGGUCCUUGACUACCAGGACCAGCAACCAAUGACCAAGGACUGCAGCUGUUGCUCCUGCAGUGACCCCAGCUGCUGACUGUGAAUAACAGUCAGAUGUGCUGUGAAUUGGGAACUUUCAGAAAACCAUUCUUUUGGGCAAGAGCCUUUAGAGAUCUUCCCCCUUACCCCGCUCCCUCCCUCCCACCCCCCUAAGGAGGAACCAAAAUGCACUGAAAUGAGCUGAAGACACGAGACAGCUGCAGGGAUUCCACAAGCGGUUCGCAGUGCACCACAGUUUUCCCCAUUUUGGUUCUUUUGAACUGAAGAUUGUGUGACGUUUCACUCUGACUCAAUGCUUCACAUUUCACAACUGUGAAUUUCCAUAACAAGUGCCUCAUAACAAGCCUUCAGCCCACAGGAGCAGAAGGAAAGGAGGAAGAAGCAGUGGCAGUCCCUACAGAUGAGUGCUCACAGCCAGGGUGGCCCAGGGGUUGCCCAUGCUCUUUGUAGGUUUCUUUGUAGGUAGUCAGCAGAGGAAAUGAAGUCAUUGCCAGAGAUGAUUUCAGUGUGCAAAUGGAGAGUGGAAAAAGUAUCACCUUUGCAUAUGUUUUCUAGCUGUAAGGCUGCUCCAAUCUUCAAUUACUCCUCCCAGUUGGAACAGGUAGCAAGAUGUACUUCUGUGUCCACAGAAGCCCUACAGUCCUGCAAAUGGGUCUGGGAGUAAAACUAACUUCCCUGUUGUCAUGGAGGGAAACACUGCUGCCAUGUGACCGCAAUGCCACAGAGCUGGGGUCAGUGUUGUGCUGAGUGACACUGCUGCAAUGGGUUGGGUUUGGGGCCAUGGGUUGGCUUUCUGGCCAUGGGUUGGGUUUGGGGCCAUGGGUUGGGUUUGGGGCCAUGGGUUGAGUUUCCGGCCAUGGGUUGGUUUGGGGCCAUGGGUUGGGUUUGGGGCCAUGGGUUGAGUUUCCGGCCAUGGGUUGGGUUUGGGGCCAUGGGUUGGGCUUGAAGACCUCUGCAGCCUAAAAUUUCAUAAUCCAGCCCCAAGACCUCCCAUUUGUGACCUUUUUGUUUUGCAUCUUCUCUACUUCCACCGGCGCUGGUGCUGGCUCAGCCUCGGUGGCCCAGCUGUAACAGCAGAAGUUUUAUGGGUGUGAUUUAUACACAUUGUGAAGUACCAGAGAAUGGAGAGGUGUUUUUGACAAAGGUGGCUGAGA